GUUUUUUGUUGUGAUUGAUAAUUGGUCAAUUUAGUAAUUAACAUAAACUUAAUUGUAAAAUAGACUUCUGAGUAUUCAGUCAAUCGGAAAACGUUUAGGAAUUCUGAAUAUGUAAUGAAAAAUGUUUCUGAUUAUUCCAAGGAAAACGAAAACUAAAUAAUUUUUCAGAGUGCCCUCUAAUGUAACUAUAAGUAAUCAUUGAUCUAGACCACGGUGUUCCCCUCCACUUCCAAUGACAUGAAUACAUCCCUCUAAUCUAUGGUUUUUGACGUUGUGAUAUUUCUUGGUUAUAAUUUGGGAAAAUUGACAGAUUUUGAAAAAGUUUAAACAAAUUAUCUUCUACUUAACGAGAUGUCUUUUACUUUUGGUGUUUCAAAAGCGUCCACUGGGUUUCCAUUCACAACCUCAGCAAGUACAAUAACUGCUUCUGGAGGAGCAGGUGAUGCUGCAAAAACCACUCAGGCAAAACCCUUGUUUGGAAUCACAACUCCUUCAUUGUUUGCAGUCCCAGCUUCAUCAGCACCAAGUUUUUCAUUUGGCUCAGCUACACCAGCAAUAACUACUACUGUUACAUCUAUUGGCCCAUUAACUACUUCAGCAACGGUACAACCUCAGGGAAGUUCGUUAAAUUUGGCUACAGCAGCACCUGUACCAGGCUUCUCCCUUGGAGCUGUCUCUGCAUCAUCUACAGCAAAUAUUACCACAGCAAUUUCAUCUGCUGCAUCUGCUGGUACUGCUACUGCUCCAAAUACAACUAUUUUAACAACAACCACAACUACUAGCACCAGUAUUCCAUCAAGUCAACCUACAUUGAGUUUUGGAUUUUCUACAACACCUACGAGUACCUCACUUGCAACAGCAGCAAUCCCUUCUUCAAUUGCCAUAACUUCAUCUACUGAGUCUGCAUUACCUGCCAGUGGUAUACUUACUUAUAAUCAACUAGAAGAUGCUAUUAACAAAUGGACUAUAGAUUUGGAAGAACAGGAAAAACUGUUUACCAACCAAGCAAAGCAAUUGAAUGCUUGGGAUUGCUUGCUAAUUUCAAAUGGAGAGAAAGUGCUGCAACUGAAUAGCAACAUUGAAAAGGUUAAACAGCAGCAGGAGCAACUAGAUCAGGAACUGGACUUUGUUCUUGCACAGCAAAAUGAAUUAGAAAGUUGUAUUAUUCCAUUAGAAAAAGAAUUACAAGAUGUUCCAGUACAAGAUAUUGACAGGAAUGAAACUUAUCAGUUGGCAGAAAGUUUGGACAGUCAGUUGAAACAGAUGUCUGAAGACCUCAAAGAAGUUAUUGAACAUUUAAAUGAAUCAGCUAAAUGUCAAGAAAUGUCCGACCCGAUUUCUCAAAUAUCUCGCAUUUUGAGUGUUCACAUGGAUUCCCUUCAGUGGAUUGAUCGAAAUACGGCACAAAUUAGUGAACAGUUGGAUCAAAUUACAAAAAUGCAAGAAUACACAAAACAUAUUAUUUAAAUAUCAGUUCUUAAAUUAG